GAAGCCAGCUCGGGAGAACUGACCAAGGAGGAAACCAACGAGGUAGGAGGAAACUGACACUUGGCAUGGUACGAUUCGUCUGUUCGCGGUUUCGCUGAUGUAGAGACUUUUUGCUCCUGCUAGACCUGCUGCAUUAUGACCACAAACAAAUACAGCAUUCUAUUACCGACGUACAACGAGCGGGAAAACCUUCCGAUUGUGGUAUGGCUCAUCGACCAGUAUAUGUCGAAAAGUGGAUACAACUUCGAAAUUAUUGUCAUCGACGAUGGUAGCCCCGAUAACACCCAGGAGGCAGCCCAACAGCUUCAGAAGAUUUACGGAAAUGACAAAAUUGUGCUCAAACCUAGGGCCAAGAAGCUAGGACUUGGGACUGCCUACAUUCAUGGCCUGAAGAGCGCAACUGGCAACUUCAUCAUUAUCCUCGAUGCUGAUCUCUCCCACCACCCCAAGUUCAUUCCAAAGUUCAUAGAGAAGCAGAAGGAGGGAGACUUCGACAUUGUCUCGGGAACGCGCUACGAUGGAGAAGGCGGCGUUUUCGGCUGGGACUUUAAGAGGAAGCUUAUCAGUCGUGGUGCCAACUUUCUGACCCAGCUGCUGUUGCGCCCUGGUGCUUCCGACCUCACGGGAAGUUUUCGGUUGUACAAGAAGGAUGUCCUGCAGAAGCUGGUAGACAGCUGCACCUCCAAGGGCUACGUCUUCCAGAUGGAGAUGAUCGCUCGGGCCAGGCAAUUUGGCUGCACCAUCGGAGAGGUUCCCAUCAGCUUUGUGGAUCGAUUCUAUGGCGAGUCCAAGAUGGGGGGCAAUGAGAUCUUCCAGUUUGCCAAGGGAUUAUUCUACCUUUUUGCUACUACGUGACACUGGCUUUCUGGUUCCUGAGGCGUUGAACACUGCUUUAUAGCUUCUGUGGAUCAUUGCACUCAGCAAAUGUUGGGACUGCAGACUGCCAAAAAAUAAAGCACUGAAGACUUCACCCACA